UUAGAUUACAUUAGAGUGACAGCUGUGCUGCUGCUGCUGCUGCUGCUGCUCCUCCAAACACAAGCGCAGACCUGCAGCCAGUCAGCCAGGAUUUCUUCGACAGCGCCAGCAGCCUCAGCCUCGGGUCUGCCCCGCAUGGAUCUCUGUUAGACUCAUUCCUGAGCAGCUGUUAGAGGGAGUUCACGGUCUGUUCGGACAAACUCGUUGUGUUUUUUUGUGGAGAAACAGUGUGGCCGGAGAAGACUGUCCACUCUCCAGCACAGCGCUCAGCACCAUGGCUGCUGGUCUCACCAUGCUCCUCUUCGUCUUCCUCCACAUCCUCACUGCUUCAGCACUGGAAUCAACCUCAGAGCAAGUCCUCCCCCAGAGGCGCCCACACCUCGUUGGCUGCGUCUCCGCCAACAUGGAGACUUUCCACUGCAGAUGGAAUGUCGGCUCUUUCCAGAACCUCUCCGAGCCCGGAGACCUCCGCUUGUUUUACAUCAACAAAAAACCCACCCUCGCCUCUCCCAAAGAGUGGAGCGAGUGUCCUCACUACAGCACUGACCGACCAAACGAGUGCUUCUUCAAUGAGAACCACACAUCUGUCUGGACGUAUUACAGCGUCCAGCUGCGGUCGAGGGAUGAAGCCGUCCUCUAUGACGAGAACCACUUCAACGUCCAAGAUAUCGUGCAACCAGAUACGCCAUUCGGCCUGAACUGGACACUGCUGAAUGUGAGUUUUACCGGCACUUACUACGACAUUAUGCUGAGCUGGAAGCCUCCUCAGUCCGCAGACGUGGCGAUGGGAUGGAUGACGCUGCAAUACGAGGUCCACUACCGCGACAUCAAGUCUGACCAAUGGCAAGCAGUUGACCUUGUGAAAAGCACACAUCGCUCCCUUUUUGGGCUUCAAACUAACGUCAAUCACGAGGUUCGGGUCCGGUGCAAAAUGCUUGGUGGGAAGGAGUUUGGAGAAUUCAGCGACUCGGUGUUCGUCCAUAUCCCAUCUAAAGUGUCAGGAUUUCCAGUGGUGGCUUUGCUCAUCUUUGGUGCCUUGUGUCUAGUGGCCAUCCUGAUGUUGGUUAUCAUAUCACAGCAGGAAAAGUUGAUGGUUAUUCUUUUGCCUCCUGUUCCUGGACCUAAAAUAAGAGGAAUUGACCCUGAACUACUUAAGAAAGGGAAGCUGAGGGAGUUGACCUCCAUCCUGGGUGGUCCCCCCGAUCUGAGGCCAGAGCUGUACAACAACGACCCCUGGGUGGAGUUCAUCGAUCUGGACAUUGAGGAGCAGAACGACAGACUGACCGAGCUGGACACGGACUGCCUCAUGGACCGCUCCCUGUCUUCCAACUGCUCUCCCCUCUCCUUGGGGUUCAGAGAUGACGACUCAGGUCGAGCCAGCUGCUGCGACCCCGAUCUCCCCAGCGACCCAGAGGUGUCGCCUUUCCAUCCUCUCAUCCCAAACCAAACCCUCGGUAAAGAACCAUCGUACCCAGCAGCCUCUGAGCCGAGCUCUCCGGUCCAGAGCCAGGCCCCUGCAGAGCCUGUUUUUGCAGCUCCGGGCAGGGAGGUGUUGUACACCCAGGUGAGCGAGGUGAGGUCAUCUGGCAAGGUGCUGCUAUCAUCUGAGGAGCAGACUGAGGUGGACAAGCCCACUAGUAAAGACAUCAUGGUGGAGAAGGAGAAAGAAAAGAAAGAAUUUCAGCUCCUGCUGGUGAAUGCAGAUCACGGAGGUUACACCUCAGAGCUCAACGCAGGUAAAAUGAACCCAAGAUUAUCCACAGGGGAUGUAAGCAAACCCUGCCAAACAGGAGUGGACGUGACGCCGUCCCCGUCGCCUUACUACGAAUCAGAUACCACCACCAUGUCCCCGUUACUCCCUGCUCCUGUCUACACCGUGGUAGAGGGUGUUGACAGGCAGAACAGCCUCUUACUGACACCAAACACACCACCCGCCCCCCAGCUGAUAAUCCCAAAGGCUACACCGACACCAGACGGCUACCUGACCCCUGACCUUUUGGGAAGCAUCACACCAUAGACCUGCAACGGACUUUGUAAAAAUUAAAAGACUCUUCAAUCAAAGGUGGAGAUAAGCAUCGGGAACAGUCUUGGAGAUUGGUUUUCCCAAGGUUGUGUUGAAAUGUCAGCUCGCCUAAAAUAGUUGGGGGGCCAUCUGUGCCUGUCCUGCCACCACCUCUACCUCAUCUGACCUCCAACUGCACCCUCCGAGAGGGCUGUAAAGUCGGCACGGUUGGAUGUUUGGUAUGAAUAACGAAGAGGGCACAAGAAUGUGUUUCACUGCAGUUGUGGAAAGGGAACCAAAGGGAAAUGACACAAGCUCUUGCUGGAAAUUGCCUCAAUAUUUCAAUACCUUGAUGAGUAAAAACAGGCCUUACUUUAAAUAACUCUUUGUUAAAGCUGCAUUGAUCAGUUAUUGGCCACUAGAGGGCAGAAUAACCCCCCAGUAACUUGAGACUCAGUCCCAACAUAUUAAUGCUUUUUCAGUUGUUUUGGCUAAAGUGUUAGCCAGUCAUUUCAUUACAUUUUGAUUUAAAAUAUUGAUAAUGCAGCUUUAAACAAGAGUAUGUUUAAUUGUACUGUCUCAUGCUUUAUUCUUUACAUUUUGUACAUAUCAGAAGCUUUCUUUUUGACAAAAUCAGGUAUGUUUAUAUGUGUAUUGAUAGACCCUGUGAAAAAUGUCUGUAAACAUAAAUUAAUCACGUGCCCUCUUUUUCUGAAGCAUAAAUACUGAAUUCAUUUUUUCACAGUGUUUUCAAUACUGUUCAGGCUUUAAAUAAUUUUUGCCACAGUGGAAAAUGUUACUCAGCCAUCAAGUAAGCCACUUAUUGGAGUCUAUAUAUUAUGUUGUUGCCAACGAAGCAAAAUAAAGCAUAAGCUGUUUGUAAAAUGAUCAACUGGAGCAUGAAAUAUUAAACGCUUAUCUUAUUUCAAUGCCAUUACUUAUUGUAUUCUUCAUUUAUGGUCUAAACUGUGAAAUGUUUUCAGGGCUGAUAGCAGAAUUUAUUUCAUUGUCAGUGUUCUGGGGAAGUCUUGUCAGUAUUUGUUUUUUGAGUGCAUGGACUGUUAAGGUUUAUUGUUUUGUUUCAUUUGGUUUAUGGUACACAUGUACAUUAAAAGGUUUGGGUACAUGGUCAUCAUUGUUGAAUUUUACAGUUAUUGCAUUUUAACUGUUCAAAGGUGUUCAUUACAAAUAAAUAACUUUCAUACUUUU